AUGGCUUCCGGCAGGAGAGCCAGGAGAACGAUGACCCGCUGGUGGUGAUGCCCAGGCCCACGCCAAGCGCCCCUGCCCGGAACGUGCCCGGCUGCCCGGCCAACUGCAGCUGCCCAGCGGAGGAGACGGUGGACUGCGGCGGCCUCGACCUUCACAUCUUCCCCGGAAAUCUCUCCAAGAGUAUCCAGCAUCUGUCGCUGCAGAAUAACCGGCUUCAGGAGCUGCCCUACAACGAGCUGGCCAGACUGGCUGACCUGAGGACCCUCAACCUUCACAACAACCACAUCACCUCGGAGGGUCUCCCGGAUGAAGCCUUCGAGUCCCUGCAGGCGCUGCAGUACAUCUACCUGGCCAAUAAUCAGCUCUCUGAUGCCCCACAGUUCCUGCCCGGCACGUUGCGCAUCGUGGACAUGGCCGCCAACCGCUUAACACAGCUGUACCAACUCACCUUUGGACAUAAGCCUGGCCUCAGGUCCGUCUACCUGCACAACAACCAGCUGAGCAACGCCGGCCUGCCCUUCGACGCCUUCAAUGGCUCCGACGCCGUCAGCACCCUCAUCGUCUCCAGCAACCUGCUCACCUAUGUGCCCCAGAACUUGCCCCCGGCGGUCGUCCGCCUCCACUUACAGAACAACCGUAUCUCCCGCAUCCCGAAAGGGGCUUUGAGCCGACACUGGCGCCUCCGGGAGCUCUACCUGCAGAACAACAACCUGACCAACGACGGCCUUGACCCCUCCACCUUCAGCAAGCUGAAGAGCCUGGAGUACUUGGAUCUGUCCAACAACAACCUGACCGAGGUGCCCCCGGGGCUGCCGCCCAACGUCGUGAUCCUGCACUUGGGCCGGAACCGCCUGAGCGCACUCCCCCCUGAGCGCCUGAGCCGGGUGCGAGGCCUACAGUACCUCCUGCUGCAGAGCAACGCGCUGACCGCCUCGGGGGUGCACCCGGAGGCCUUCGCCCGCCUGCGCUCCCUGCACACCCUCCACCUCUACAACAACCGCCUGGAAAGCGUGCCGCCCGGCCUGCCCAAGCGCGUCCGCUCCUUGAUGCUGCUGCACAACCGCAUCGCCCACAUCGGCCCGCAGGACUUCGCCGCCACCUACGCCUUGGCCGAGCUCAACCUGAGCUACAACCGCCUGUACAGCGCCCGCAUCCACCGCCUGGCCUUCCGGAAGCUGCGGCGCCUGGAGAGCCUUGACCUCUCCGGCAACCAGCUGACCCUCCUGCCUGCCUGCCUGCCCGCCGGCCUGCAGGUCCUCAACCUCCAGAAGAACCAAGUCAACUCCCUGUCCCCGGAGCUGCUGGCCAACCUCACCGUGCUGAAGGAGCUGCACCUGGCCCACAACCGCCUGCGGAUCGGCGGCAUUUCCCCCGGCACCUGGCAGGAGCUGCAGGGGCUCAAGCUGCUGGACCUGAGCUACAACGAACUGUCCUACGUCCCCCCGGACCUGCCGGAAUCGCUUGAGUACCUCUACUUGCAGCACAACAGGAUCACCGUCCUCACGGCCGAGGCCUUCCUCACAACGCCCAACAUCCGUGUCGUUGCUCUGAGAUCCAAUCGUUUGCUGGCAGCCAACGUGUCUGCGGAGGCCUUUGCGGACCUGAAGCACUUGGAGGUGGUGGACACAACAGGGAACCCGGAGCCUAUAAUAAUCCCUUUCUUGCAAGCCGGUCGCUGGGUCCGUCCCCAGGCGGGCACCUAGGAAGGGGGUCGCAGAGCAGGUUGCCGUCUUGGGCUCCCUCGGUGCCCCGCUGCUUCCUCUGGCCUCUCC